UAGCAUCCUACUGGAUUUAUUAAUGUUUUCAAAUGUUUUUUUCCACUGUGAAAAAAUGACUAAUUAUCGUCAGCAUAAUCAUCGAUAUCCUAUGAUUAUUUGGAUUAUUUUGUCAAUAAUUUUCAUUGAAAAUGUAUAUUCAUUACCUCAUGUCAUACCGGUUGGUGCAAUAUUUUCAUCAAAUGAAUUGGAAGAACAACAAGCAUUCCAUAUGGCUAUUGAACGUUUUUCGACAAACUUAGGACAUAACAAUAGCAGUUUUGAACCAAUAAUCAAAAUUGUUGAUGUUGAGAAUGCAUUUCUUGUUUAUCGUGAUGUUUGUCAACUGCUACAAAGAUCACCAGUAGCUAUAUUUGGCCCAUUUAAUGCUUAUGGUGCUCAACAAUUACAAUCAAUUUGUGAAAAUUACGAAAUACCACAUAUUGAAGCCAGGAUGUUGGUGGAUUUUGGUUCCCGCACUGAUCUUUCGAUCAACAUGUAUCCACAUCAUAGUAUAUUGUCCAAAGUAUUUGGUGACUUGAUCGAAACGCUUGAUUGGCACAUGUUCGUUAUUGUUUAUGAAGAUUCUGAAAGUAUUAUACAUUUUAGUCAAUAUUUGAAACAAGCACAUGAUAAAAAUUGGGAAGUACGAAUAUUUCAAUUGCAACCAGAUCAACCGUAUCGUGAAAUAUUGUGGCAAGUGAAACAAACAGAAUUUUUACACAUUGUAUUAGAUGUUAAAACCGAACAUAUUAUUGAAGUAAUGAAACAAGCACAACAAGUUGGUAUUUUAAGUGAAAAACAUAAAUAUCUAAUCACAUCACUGGACCUACAUACAUUAGAUUUAGAAGAUUUUCGCCAUUCGCGCACAAAUAUUACAUCAUUACGUAUUGUACAAGAACAACAUCCAAAUAUGGAAAAUUGGAAUAAAUAUGUCACAAUGACCACAACGACGACGACAACAGCGAAAAAUAAUCUUGGAUUCGUUGGUGGUAAAGAUCUGAUCGAUCCCAAUGCUAGACAUGUGAAGAGUAUAUCGGCGAUGAUAUUCGAUGGAAUGGAAAUCUUAACCACGGCAUUAUUAGAAUUGAAUGAAUUUGAUACAAUAUCGAUUGAUUGUCAAUCCAAUCAUGAUGCAUGGCAAUAUGGUACAACAUUAAUCAAUUAUAUACGACAAGUUGCUACCGAAGGUAUUACCGGUUGGGUUGGUUUCGAUGAAUCCGGAUUCCGCGCGAAUCUUACAUUUGAUAUUGUCACAAUGACUGAAAAUGAUUUCGAACAAAUUGGAUUCUGGAAAAAUGGCGUUGUACAUAAAACUGAACGUUGGUAUUAUCAUCUACCUAGUCAGGCAAAGAUGCCAUUGAUUCGUGUUACAACUGUUUUGAAUGAUCCAUUCGUUAUGAAUGCAAAAAGUUCAAAAGAACUACAUGGUAAUGAUCGUUAUGAAGGAUUUGUGGUCGAUAUGAUGAAAGAAAUUGGAAAAUUCCUGAACGUUCGUUUUGAAAUCAAUCUUGUAAAAGAUGGUGCAUAUGGUGCAUUAAUCAAUACCACAACAAAUGAAUGGAAUGGUAUGAUUGGUGAAGUAAUACGUAGUGAAGCCGAUAUUGCCGUUGCUGAUCUGACGAUUAAUUCAAAUCGUGAACUAGCUGUUGAUUUUACCUAUCCAUUCAUGUCUACUGGUAUAUCGAUCAUUUAUAAAAAACCGACGACGAAAGAAACAUCCCUUUGGUCAUUUUUAUCACCAUUUUCUAUGGUGGUUUGGAUUUGUUUAUUAGCUGCAAUUGUCAGUAUAUCAUUGAUAUUUUUCUAUGUUGGACGUUUCACUCCGUACGAAUGGUGUGAUCCACAUCCAUGUAAACAUCAUGAGCCUGUUCUCGAAAAUCAAUGUAAUAUGCGUAAUAGUUUCUGGUGUAUUAUUGGUUCAUUGAUGCAACAAGGUUCAGAUGUUGCGCCCAAAGCAAUGAGUACACGAAUCAUUUCGGCCAUUUGGUAUUUUUUCACUUUAAUCAUCGUUUCAUCAUACACAGCCAAUUUAGCUGCAUUUUUAACCGUGGAAAAAGUGCCAUUUCCAUUUGAAAAUGUUGAACAAUUGGCACAACAAACAAAAAUCAAAUAUGGUUGUCUAAAAAAUGGUGCUACACAUAAAUUUUUUGCCAAUUCGAAAAUUCCAUUAUAUAGAAAAAUGGCUGAAUUUAUGGAACAACAUCCUGAAGUAUUGAUGCCAAGCAAUGCAAUGGGCCGGGAAAGGGUUGAAAAACAAAAUGGAAAAUAUGCAUUCUUUAUGGAAUCGGCAACGAUUGAAUAUAUUACUGAACGUUAUUGUAAUCUAACACAGGUUGGUGGUUUACUCGAUUCAAAAGGAUAUGGAGUAGCCACACGAAAAGGUGCUAAAAUUCGUGCAUCAUUAUCUGAAGUGAUAUUGAAACUACAAGAGACCGGUGUAUUACAACAACUAAAAGAUCGUUGGUGGAAACAAAAAGGUGGUGGUCAAUGUGUUGCGGCACCAUCAACGCCGUUAAACGAAUUGGGCUUGAAAAAUCUUGGUGGUGUUUUCGUUGUACUCGUCGUUGGAUCAUUGGCUGCAUUAAUCUUUGGGAUAUGUGAAUUUGUUAUUAAAACCAGGAUUUCGACAAAUGAUUCGACAACAUUUCCAAAAGAUCUUUGUGAAGAAUUUAAAUUUGUUUUAUCAUGUCAAAAAUCGACAAAAUCAUUGAAACGUCGAAGUAUGAAAAGUUUAAGCCAAACUCCAGCUGCAACUAUUGGUAGUGGUAGCGGUGGUGGUGUUGGAAUCACAUCCAGUGGUAGUAUUAAUGGCCCAAAUCAUCAUCAUCAACAACAACAACAACAUCCACAAUUAUUGAUGAUGUCUAAUAACAUUUAUGACAAUGCUGCGGACAUCUACUAGUGUCACACUUUAUUACAAUUCAAUCGAAUGGUCCAAAAUAGCUGAAUAGUAUUUCUUUUCACUAUUAACAGUGGGCAGCACUUUCAUAGAAUCAAACUAAAACCAGGGCAAAAAAUUAUUAAAAUCAAAAAUGAAUAAAUACUA